GAUUUCCCUAAUAUUGAUCAUGGAGAAAAGAAAGAUAAGCCCGGCAACAAUUUAGAAGAUAAAUUAAAAGAACUUCAGCAGUCAAUUCAAAACUUACAAGAAAAAGGAAAGUUCAACGAAAAGAUUUGA